AUGCCUCCCUCUAAGGCGUUGUCGGCACGCAAGCAGGCGCUGACCUUGACACAACUGGCCACAUACGAUGACAUCCUUACCGAUGCCAUUGUGGAUCACGUAUUCUACUGGACAACGAUUCCCAAAAAUCGAUCUUCUUACCAUGCUUCGCGCGGUGUGCGCGAAGAGGAAAUUGCCAAGAUCAUACAGACCGACCUCGUUCUAAAUAAGGACAUCGACGCCGCCGAACGCAAUCUGCUCACGACUGAUGGACUCCGAAAGUUCUGCAAUUCACUCAAGACCGAUAAGGAGAAGGCUGAUUUCAGGGGACAUCUGCGCCGAUACUUGAAUCUGUACCUUCCUGACUGCCCCUUCGAAGUCAACUCGACCAAUCGUUAUACUAUUGUAUCCCAUGAAGCCGCCAUUACAGCUCGCCGCUUCAUUGCCAGGAAUGAGACAGUCAAGUAUCUUUCUGGUGUUCAAGUUAUGAUCACACCCGAAGAAGAGCGUGAGAUGACCGCGCGGAAGAAGGAUUUCAGCAUUAUCAUUUCAUCAAGAAACAAGUGCGCAAGCUUGUUCAUGGGCCCAGCCAGGUUCGCCAACCACGAUUGCAAGGCUAAUGCGAAGCUUGUAACUACUGGACAAGCUGGUAUCGAGAUCAUUGCGACCACCAACAUCGACGUCGGCGACGAAAUUACCGUCACCUAUGCCGACAGCUACUUUGGCGAGGACAAUUGCGAGUGUUUGUGUAGUACUUGCGAAAGGAGACAAGCAAACGGAUGGCAUAACGAAGAGGAUACGACAGUGAAAAGGAGCAUAGAGGACCAUUCGGCUGAGGGUUACUUGCUGCGGCGACGAAGGCGAGAUGAUAGUGUUGAUCGCACUUCGCGUACGCCUUCUGUUAGUGCCGAUAUACGACCACGUGUUUCGAAGUCUCGCCGAGGGCGCAAGUCAGAUCACAACCCAUCUGUCAAUGACUCUGCGGCUGCAGAAUCACCGCUACCGCCCGCUGCAACCAAGAAGCGAACUCUCAAUACCCUGACCCCACCGAUCACGCCUGCGAAGAAAUCGAAACUCUCUUCAAACAACGCUAUCCCUGCGCCUAUUGAGCCAGAAAGCUCGAGGAGUAGCUCUGCUGGUUCGCCUCGCAGCCACUCCUUGUCCAGCACUGAUCAUGGCGCAUCUACUGAUAUCACUGAGCCGGAAAGGCAGAGCCCUGAACGACACUUGCUCAAGCCUCUGGUGGUUCGCAAGGAUGAUUUCUCUCUUUUGAAGCGAGAGGAGACAGAUGAGCGGUCUAGCACGACGCUGACACAAAUUUCACUUUUCUCCUCGCCCGCAAACAUUACGGUCACUACACAGUCUGACAGGCCUCUCGAUGACACCCCGCCCAGCACCAGACCUCUUUCAAUCGCAUCUCUUUGCAACCCGCCAUCACCCCCCUCCUCUCAAGAACUCGCAAAUACUACGAACCACGCCAUCUCGGCGCCACAACGGAGCCAGUGA